CAGCAGGCAGUGGGCGAGCCAGUUGUCUCUCUCUCUAGCAGAGCUGUGAAGUAGCGCGAUGCUUACAGUCAGUCAGUCGCGUUAAAAGACAUUCUCUUUCUGAAUUAAAGUAUCUCUCUAUUUUCUUAAACCCAUUACUAAGCACUAAGUUUCAAUUUUUAAGGGUUUCUCUGUUGAUCGGGUGUUAAUGGGUGGUGGUGGUGAGCAAAUGGAAAAGAGAUUCAGUUGGGUUUUGAAAAAGUUCUCAUCUUUACAAGAAGAGCGUUGCUACUCCCGCCCCUUCGCCGUCGCCGGGGUCAAUUGGCGCAUUGCUGCUGACUGCAAGGGAGAUAAGAACGAUGGUCACUUGUCCUUGUUUCUGGAGUUUGCAGACUCUGAGUCUCUGCCACCUGGAUGGACAAGAGACGUCAAGUUUAGCCUCACUCUCGUCACUAAGGCCUUUACCAAAUCCAACUUAGUAAUGCGAGCGCAACAAUGCUUCAGUGACGAGAUAGAGGGUUGGGGUUGUGAUAAGUUCGUGUCCCUUGCUAAACUUCAUGAGAAGAGUGAAGGGUUUCUGGUGAAUAACAAACUCAUUAUCCUCGCUGAACUACAUGUACUUCCAGCUGAUGAUGAAUCUGUCGGCAAAUCUCAGAGGGAUUCGUCUUGUGAAGUGGCGCAAGAAACUGAGGUUACCAAUUUAGAUGAUGAUGAUGAUGAUGAUGGUCCUUUUGACGAGGGUACAGGUGGUGGUGUUUCGUCUAAAGAGGAUGUGGAUAAUGAUGAUGUUUCAUCUCCUUGUUUAGAUGAUGGAGGUGAGGACAUAAGUCUUUUAAACCACUUCAGUGCUUUGGAAGAGACAGUAGGAAAUGAUGGUUUAAAGAGUAACAGUGUGGCAGCUGAGACUGAGGUUUCUAAUGAUGAUGCACCUAAAGAAGAUAUCGGUGAUGAGUCUUCAUCUCUCGUUUCGAAUGAUAAUGCUAGCAACGGAACCUCUCUAGACAAAGUGAAGUCUUUGCUUGAUGUGGAAAAUGGUGGUAAAGAGUUUAACAAUGUGGCAUCUGUACCUGAGACUGCUAAUAAUUUGCUUACGGAGAUUCAACCAGCGAAUGUCAAUGGGUUUGACGUUUAUUCUUCUCAGGUGGAAUCAGUGAGCCUUAUAUUCAGAAGACACCCGGAUUUAGCAUCAGGCUUCCGUCCAAAGAACAGACAGAUCAGAAGAGCUUACAUGAAUGAACUCCUUAGCCUCAUCGAGAUGAUGUGCCAGUCACCAGAGAAGCUCUCCGAGGAUGAUCUGAGCAAUGCUGUUGACACACUGUCUGAUCUGAUUGAUGUCGGCUUUAAAUUGGAUUGGCUGAAGGUAAAGCUGGAUGAGGUUUCUGAGAAGAAGAAGAAGGAAAAGGGUAGCGAGGCUCGGCUUCGAACAAUGGAGGAACAGUUGAAGAAGCUGAAGCUAAUGUUCUUGGAUCUUCAAACUCAGCUGCAGAAGGAAAAGGCUGAGGCUUUGGCCGCAAGAACUUCUCUCUCGUUCAGUGAUGUUGUUUGCUGAUUUUGCGAGGAUUCUUGUAGAAUUGUAGAUGAAUCUUUUUUUCUUUUGAUGUCUCAGAACAAGUCCUUUUAAGUUCGUCCGUUGCAUUCAGUAGUGAAAUUAACCCUAAGAAGUAAUUUGCAAA